AUGUCCGAUCUCGCGUACAGCCACUCUCUUCCUAGUUUUCGUGGCGAGAAUCUUUCCGCCGAUGGACCGCUGGCCUCAUUGAGCGGGGACGCUGCAUGGGUCCUUGUGGGGGAAGACCAUGCGGCCGGCCAGCUCGCCGAUAACGAUGUACCCGUGACUGUCGAGGCUUUGGAAGACUUCGAAGUGGUCUCAAAGAGUAUUGUGACCACCCAUAAUUCUUCAAACCCGAGCAGCGACUCUGUGACCUUGACUGAGGUAAGCUUGCGCAACUGCGGGCAUUCCAUGUGUCACGACUGCUACCUGUCCAUGAUAUACACGGCGACGCGAGAUUACGUUGCUACUCGCACCAAUCUCAUCCUUCCUCAUCAUCAAGAAGGCAAUCCUGGACCCAAUGUCAUGAACGACAUUAUAGCUUUCUCCGCACAUGCACUAAGGGACGCUGGAUUGCCCCAGCCUGAGCUCAGAUGCCCGUGCUGUCGUACUUGCAUCACUGUAAGGCCAAUUCCCAAUAUUACUUUGAGGAGUAUGGUAGAGGAGGCGAAGAGCGUUGUGUCUAAGACCACGGACAUGUAG